GGGCUCCGCCGUCCGCAGUCACGGGCAGGGGUCCGGGUUGGGUCAGGGGUCCUCCCCCGGAGACUGGGGCAUCCCUUGGCGCUGCUGUGAGGCACGGAUCCCGCGGAGGGGGGGGUGCAUAAAUUGCUCCGCAGCGCUUGCCGGCUGAACGGCGUGGGCAGGCGGGCGGCGCGCCUCUGGGGCGCCCCGAGGGCACGGCGCCCCGACUUCUCUGGAGGAGCCCUUAACCCCGAGGGGCGCACAGAACGAGCGCGCCCCAGCAGCGCCGGACCCUGCGCUCGUCCCUUGCGUACCCCACUUCUUCACAAACUUUUCCUGACGUCCUCGCCCGUGGGGGUCGCAGUGAGAGCUGGGGCUGCCCGCUGGGCUUCCGACCUGCUGGACCCUAGCCACGCUGACCUCCUGCCUCUUGUAGCCUCAGUGGCGACCUCUCCAGGCCGGGCCGGGCACGACACUCGAGGCGAGCGCGGCAACCACCGUAGCUCUCCAAAGGCUCUUGCGCCCCUCGGGGCAGCCGGGUGGGGUAAUGCCCUCAGUGAUGGAGAAGCCCAGUGCGGGCUCAGGGAUCCUGUCCCGAAGCCGGGCCAAGACUGCUCCCAACGGUGGACAGCCGCACUCGGAGGAUGACAGCAGCGAGGAGGAGCACUCCCACGACAGCAUGAUCCGCGUUGGAACCAAUUACCAGGCGGUAAUUCCGGAGUGCAAGCCUGAGAGCCCAGCACGCUAUAGCAACAAGGAGCUGAAGGGGAUGCUGGUGUGGUCACCCAACCACUGCGUGUCAGAUGCCAAGCUUGACAAGUAUAUUGCGAUGGCCAAGGAGAAGCAUGGCUACAACAUUGAGCAGGCACUGGGCAUGCUCCUAUGGCAUAAACAUGAUGUGGAGAAGUCACUGGCUGACCUGGCCAACUUCACCCCUUUCCCUGACGAGUGGACAGUAGAGGACAAGGUGCUGUUUGAACAGGCCUUCGGCUUCCAUGGCAAGUGCUUCCAGCGGAUCCAGCAGAUGUUACCAGACAAGCUCAUUCCUAGCCUGGUGAAGUAUUACUACUCUUGGAAGAAGACCCGCAGCCGAACUAGUGUGAUGGACAGGCAGGCACGGAGGCUGGGUGGCCGCAAGGACAAAGAAGACAGUGAUGAGAUUGAAGAGGGACGAGGAGCUGUGAGUGAGGGAGAGCCAGAUGCUGGGGACCCCAAGAGAGAGCCUGUGCCAUCUCGGCCUCUGAAUACACGCCCUGGUCCUGGGAAGAAGGAGGUCCAAGUUUCUCAGUACCGUCACCACCCCUUGCGGACCCGGCGACGUCCACCCAAGGGCAUGUACCUGAGUCCCGAGGGCCUCACUGCAGUGUCGGGAAGCCCAGACCUGGCCAACCUCACACUCCGAGGUCUUGACUCGCAGCUCAUCUCCCUUAAGCGCCAGGUUCAGAGCAUGAAGCAGACCAAUAGUAGCCUCCGCCAAGCCCUGGAGGGGGGCAUCGACCCACUCCGCCCCCCUGAGGCCAACACCAAGUUCAAUUCCCGUUGGACCACAGAUGAGCAGCUUUUGGCUGUACAAGCCAUUCGUAGAUAUGGGAAAGACUUUGGGGCUAUUGCAGAAGUCAUUGGGAACAAGACUCUAACCCAGGUGAAGACCUUCUUUGUGAGCUACCGGCGUCGCUUCAACCUGGAGGAGGUGCUACAGGAGUGGGAGGCUGAACAGGAUGGGGCCCCUGCAGCUCCAGGCCCCGUGGAGGAGGCCAGGCGAGGGGCUCCUGUGCCAGCCCCAGCCCUAGAGGAAGAUGAUGAGGUCCAGAUUACAUCUGUCUCAACAUCUGCCCAGCGAUCGGUGCCCCCUGUGCCACCCCCACCUCCACCGCCCACCUCCCUGUCCCAGCCGCCGCCACUGCUGAGGCCACCUCUCCCUACAGCUCCCACUUUGCUGCGCCAGCCACCUCCCCUGCAGCAGGGCCGCUUCCUGCAGCCCAGGCUGGCCCCUAACCAGCCCCCACCACCUCUCAUCCGCCCUGCCCUGGCUGCCUCCCGUCACAGUGCCCGCCCUGGCUCUCAGCCCCCACCCACCCUAAUAGGAGCCCCCCUGGAGCCUCCAGCACCUUCACUCUGAGUCCUGGGCCCUCUACCAUCCAGACUCUCUGGAAUCCGAUUGCUGGACAUCUCUCUUUGGCGUCACCCAGGCAGGACAGAAGGGACUAGGGCUCUUGCCAGGUCUUUCAAAGACCUAGAGUUGCCAGUUGGCAGAGCCUGGACCUGUGGGUUCUGCAUGUGUUCCUGGCAGCUGAGCCUGUCAACCUCUAGCCAGGGACUGAGGCUCAGGGCUUGUGGGGACUCUGCUUCCUGGCUAGAACUGGAUGGCUGCCUCUUCCCCUACCUGUGGGGGUCCUUGGCCUUUGGGUCUACCCUUUGUGUGUAGGGGUAGUGACCUUAGUGUAGGGGUGGGAGAAGGGCAGUUGGGGUGGUACAUGGCUGGCUGGCCUCACUCACCUUUCCCUCAUUUUAGCAAUAAGUAGGGUGCUGUGGGGAGGGGGUUGGGGAAAUGGCAAAGAGGCCUGGUGGGAAGAAUGCUGAGAAGGUGUGCCUACCCCCCCAAAAGCAGCUUGGAGAAUGGGGGACUGGGAAUUUACACAGACAUGGGUUUAUUUUUCAACAUUUUUUAAAAAUAAAUGCAACCUCCUGAGCCUA